UUUUUUUAAAUAAAAUUAAUAAAUUAUUUAUUUUAAAGUUUUGACCAGAGAGAGAGAGACGUUGUGUUCUUCUUCCUCUAGUGUCAUUUUCCAAGAUAUACUCUCGAGGUGCAUCAGCCUCUCUCCUCCAUUUCCUUUCCAUGCACUUUCUGGACUUCUUUCUUUUACUUAUUUUUCUUUAAUUUAUAUAUAUAUUUUUUCCUUCUUAGCUUGACAACACACUUGCUUCUCUUUUCCUCUCUCUCUAAUCUCUAUCCACCUUUACUCACUCUCUCUUUCUUGAGCAUGUUUGUUUGUUGAAGAAGAUUAGUGAGUCUUUAGCUCUUUGCCUAACCUCCCUUUAAGCUCUCUCUUCCUGCUCUUCCUCCCCUCCUUCCUCCUUUAGGCUUUAAAGCAUAAAUCAGCAACUUCUCUUUCAAAGCUUUUUAUCCAUUCUUGUACCAAAACAAAAUCUCUCCCUCUCACAUAUAUUCUUUCUCAGGCAGAAGAGAAAAAGAUUAAAAGACCCACUUGACUACUAUAUACUUGCACUACUCUUUCUUCUCAUUUUCUUGAACCCAUGUUAGAUUAGCCAAGAAGAAAAAGCAACUAUCUGAUAAAGAAACCAAGUGAAAAUGCCAUUGGAAGGGGUUUUCAUUGAACCAAAGCCGCUUCCUGAUCUUUCUUUACACAUAAGUCCUCCCAAUACUUGCCCUUCUUCAGUAUCCAACACCAUCAACAAUAUUAAAGCAGAUACAAGCUUCAAUCUUUUGAUGACCAGACAAGAAGGCAUCCAUAAAUCCAACACUAUUAGCUCCAUGAGGAAUAGUGAUUCUCAAGCUUAUAGUACUGAGCUCUCUCUAGCACACCCAGCAAAUUCCUUGGAUGAAGAAACCAUAAACAGAAGGAAUUUCACAGGUGCUGGAGCUGAAGAUCCACCACACAACCCUUAUCAACAAAGUCACCAUCAUCAGCAUCAUCUACACCAUUCUAAUACUCACUUAAGUAACAUAAAUCAUGGGGUUUCUCGACUUGAUGUAUCGGAUGGGUUGAGGCCGAUAAAAGGUAUUCCAGUCUAUCACAACCGUUCAUUUCCUUUUCUUCCUUCAGAACAGUCAAGAGAGAAUAAAGAUCCCAAGAUGUGCUUCUACCAAAUGCCCUAUCCCUCUUCCUCUUUGUGCUUUCCUUCUGUUGCUCCUCAGACUUCUUCCCCUUAUUAUAUUGGUGGAGAAGGUUUAGAUCCCAUGCCCAUGCUUAAAUCAUCAGGGCCUAAUCAAUCUCUUCCUGCUUACAAUCGGCUAGCACCAACGACUAGGUUUAAUGGGCUUUCAAUGGAUGCUUUCAAAUCCCACCAACUGCACCACCACCACCACAAUCAGUAUCGAGUUGGAUCCGGUGAGGCUUCUCAUGGGUUGAUUAGAUCAAGAUUCUUGCCCAAACUUCCCACAAAGAGGAGCAUGAGAGCACCGAGAAUGCGAUGGACUAGCACUCUUCAUGCCCGAUUUGUACAUGCCGUUGAGCUUCUUGGGGGCCAUGAGAGAGCUACUCCAAAGUCAGUUCUUGAGCUCAUGGAUGUCAAAGAUCUCACAUUAGCUCAUGUUAAAAGCCAUUUACAGAUGUAUAGAACUGUUAAGACCACUGACAAGCCUGCAGCCUCCUCAGGCCAAUCAGAUGGGUCUGGAGAAGAAGACAUAUCCCUAGUGGGCAAUGGAACUGACGGAAGCCUACGGCGAUUUACUGAUCAGAGAAGACCUUCAGAUGGGUCACUAGUGCAACAAGAAAUGGACUACCCUUCUACUGCUACCACACUCUGGAGUAAUUCUUCAAGAGAAACCUGGGCACAGACAAACUCCAAUGACAUGGAUGGGCAUAGAGAAACAACAUUCCAGUCUCAGCAAAGAUCUGGACACCUAAUUGAGGUUUUGCAUGUGGUUAGCUAGCAUGAAAGAGUUGUAAUGGAAAACAUAACAUGAGACCAGGAAGCCCUUGAUUCUGCAGUUUGUUGAAGAGGGAAUAGUCAUCAUCGAUCGAUCAACUCUAGCUAUAUCAGAGGACAAAUUAAGUUUCCUCAUAGUUAGGGUUUUUUGGUUACUUUUGUUCUGUGUUUGAUUACUUUGUAAUUUACUUGUAAAGCUUAAAUAUGCUAAUGAAACCGGCAAUCUUCUUGAUCCCCA